AUGCAGACACCGCGAGCAUGCGUUACUGAGUCCCUCUCUAACGGCAGCUACGUCCACCUGGGCCUUAAACGCGGUCUGUUAGAUGAGCUUCAACUUCGACCUUCGGCUUUGUUCCCGAAAAUACGGGUUCAACUCCACAUUGACGGAAUGAAGCUAUUUAAAGGGUCUGGCCAGUGUCUAUGGCCAAUCCUCGGUCGAGUCAGCUAUCCUGUCCGUGGACUGCCGUUUGUUGUUGGAGUGUUCUCUGGUUCCGGCAAGCCUGAGCCUUUGGAUGUAUUUCUUGGCCAGUGCAUCUCAGAACUGAAGGAUAUUCUGACCAGCGGACUUCAGGUCCCGGAUACCGACGCUGUAGUUAGAGUUGAGCUGGCCAACGUCAUCUGCGACACACCUGCUCGGUCCUACGUCCGGCAAGUAAAAGCGCAUAAUGGCUAUUACGGCUGCGACAGGUAAUUGCUAUAAUCGACGAAAAUGUAAUCCUCCUAGGUGUUGUCAUAUGGGUAGGUGCGUGGCAAACCGCAUGAUCUUCCCCGUACACAGAGGGCGUCUGCGGGAUGACAGGUCAUUCCGCACAAGAAGUCAGGAGCAGCACCAUAAAGGCACCUCACCUUUCGAGGACCUGCCUAUUGAUAUGGUUGCUACAUUUCCAAUUGACUACAUGCAUCUCGUUUGUCUUGGAGUCAUGCGGAAGCUCCUGCAUAUGUGGCGGCUUGCAACGGGGAAACAGUCAAUUGCUAUUAAUGAGUCUAUUAAACAAUGCAGUCAAUGUCUGCCUGCUGAAUUUUCCCGCAAGUGCAGACCUCUUGACUGUCUUGAAUACUGGAAGGCUGCAGAAUACCGGCAGUUCCUACUGUACAUCGGUCCUGUAGUCCUUGCUAACCAUCUCGAUUCCUCCCAUUAUGAACAUUUCCUUCUUUUGUUUGUUGCCGUUUUUAUAUUUUCCCAUCCCAUUUUGCAUAAAUCCCUAAUUGAUUUUGGACGUAUGCUGUUAGAUAAAUUUGUUUCUGAUUUUCCAAUCUUGUACAGUCCUGCAGAUCUUGUUUAUAAUGUUCAUUGUUUAGUCCACCUCCAUGAGGACGUUAGUCGUUUUGGAGUUUUGGACAAUUUUUCUGCCUUCCCUUUUGAAUCUUUUUUACAAACCCUUCGCGGUACCAUCAAGGGUCCAAGUAAUGUAGCCGCACAGGUGUACAAACGUUAUUCUGAGAGACGUUUGCCUGAGUUGCCAACUAUGGUCAGAACGUGACAAUGGAGCCCUGUUUUUUACGCAAAAAAGCUUGCUAUGGUUAGUCAGAAUAUGAUCAAGGGGGGCAUCUGCGCGAGUAUUAAAGUAUACAAGAUCAUCGAAGCCUAAAAGUGUAAGGGGACGUAAAUUCACGCGAUUAAAAUCACCGCAUAAGAGAGUAAGAUAGUCGCAGGAUAAUAUAGCAAGUUUUUGUGAGAGGAAGUCGAAAAAACGCGUCAAUGCGCCUUCACAGGAAGAGGGUGGAAUGUAAAUACUAACAAAUAUGAUGCCUUUAAAAUUACUUAACAAACGGGGCUUACAUAAAACAGCGACUACAUCUAUUAAAUCAUCAGAGUAAGAAAAAAAGGACUUACAGUCUCUACACCAAUUUUGAUUAACGAAAAUGGCAACGCCCCCACCUCUGCCACAAGAUAAAGAUUUUCUGUCUGUUCGAAAGCAGUAGAAGGAUGGGGGCGUAAUAAGCUGAGAAUCAAUGUCACUAUUAAGCCACGUCUCUUGAAGGCAAACAACUUCAGUUUUGCUGUGUUCUUUUUUCGACAAAAGUAGCUCCAAAUCAUGGGUUUUGUUGAAAAUAGAACGACAGUUUGUCGACAAGAAGGCAGGAAUUGACAAUUUGUGAUUCGGCUGACGUUUGAAUGCGAAUUGCCAGCCACAACGGUGUUUUCUCCGAUGCAUAGGCCGUUGUUGACGAAUAUUUGAUAAAGUCAACACAGAACGAUCACAAAUACGACAUAUUGGUCGUAAAGUACAACAGUUUGCUUCAUGGUCAUUCGUAAGUGAAAUUGACAAUUUAAUUCCGUUCAAAAGGGUGCUAGCGUACUGUAGAGACGACCUCAUAAACUUAGCUCAGACAAACAAAGGAUGCAAAACAAUUCAAAAUAUCGAAGAGAAAAGGCACAAUAAUGUACAAUUAGUAAAAAUCCACACGUGAAUGGAGAGCUACAAAAAAUGGCAGCUCAAAUUCAAAAGCCACGACCAAAUCAAAACGAAAACUCAGAAUAAGCACUGACAAGGAAAUUGACCGAGUUUAAGAGAGAACAGUGAAUUGUUUUGUCUGUUGCAGGAUAAUGACUAAUAGCUAUCAGCGACGCUUAUAACGGGUCCAUAUUUCCAAAAUAUUAAAAUAAAAUGAACUACGCUGCAUUUGUUAGCAGGUACCACAGUUAAACCCUUUCAAAAGGGACAAAUACUGAGCAAAGGUUUUUUGAUCAAAGAAUAAUAUAAUAACUGCAAGCCCGUUAUAUGACUUAAAAUUUUUUGAUGGUUAGAUUGCAUAUAAAGCGGAAAGUGAUAUGCCAACUUUCCUCAACAUAUUCGUCACUGGCAGCGCAUUUGACACCUAUAUAAACAUUAAGCUGAUAUUGGACAGAAACCGCGUCCUCUCUCUCUCUCUUCGAAUGAAAUUCACACAUUGCUAGUAGACAACAAAGAAGGCGUCUAGAUGCCCUAUCUUUAUUUUAAAGGCUUUUCUCACUGAAUCUUAUUUUCGGUUUCGACAUCACUUAUGUGAAACCAUCUGGUUCAUAAAUGAUAAGGACUUCCUUGAAGAGUCUGUGGAGGACUCAUUAGACGUCUUUUCCCAGGGAAGCAUGAUGCAUAGUCCUAUUUGCCAACGACUCUCAUAAUAUUUUUCUCAGCGCAGUAUGUCCUGGUUAACUGAUGCAUCUGCCUACAAGACAGAGACCAAAACGACCAGGAUUGCAUUUAAGGAAAGAAUGAGUUUAACCAGUGUUCAUCCGACAGAAACGUUUUUUGCAUGAGCAUUGAAGCCCUGUUGCAACCUUUGAACAAUGAUUGCCAAACAAAAUAAGUUCAGCUAUAGUAGGUCAUAUCUGGGAUUUGAUGGGGGCAACACCCUAAGAUGAACGACUGAAGUGGAUGUGUGGACGACGGAAAGCCCAGGUAGACUGGCCUUAGAGACCGACCUGGUCACAGCCUCCUUAGUGUAUCCGCGAGUAGUGGAUAAUAAGUCAGUCUUCAGCGAAAGCUGUACGUAAAAUGAACUGAAUCCCGGAUCUGGUAAAUAGACCGAAUUAGGGCAUAUAGUGGUUAUACUUUCAGACGUUAUUUCCCACCGAUAGGCCGUAUAACGUAACUGCAAAUGCGUGCUACGUCGUAGUUAUGUUCAAACAUGGUCAAAUUUAGCUUGCUCAUUGCUAAGGCUUCAGCAUUUACCCACAAACCGCUGGCAAACCUAGUUUCAACCAGUUAUUUGGCCCCCUCACACAAGCAGUAACACGUCGUAACCUUCGGUGUAUUGCUGAAGAAGAAAGGCAGCUGACCUAAGAGGGGGGAGGGAGGAUGGCUCUGUGAGACUUGUUGUGUGAAAAUUGGAGUUGUUCUUGCGCACUGCGAAAUAAGAAGGCAUCAAGACAAAAACACACCUUCGGUUCAAUCUUUUUUUGCUUUCUGACAGCUGAAAAACAUGUUGGAGGAAUGACCCCAAGCGAGUAAAUUUUCGAAUCUAGUCAGGCGUUUGCCUUCGUUCGAUGCUGCAAUAGGCGAUUCAGAAGAAUCUUUUUAGUUAAUGGCUUUCUCUUGCUGUACGACACUCGCCGUCGGCGGAAAUGCGUUGUCAAUGAGAAUUAUACAGGCGGCUGUCGUUAACCUAGGGGUUGAGAACUGCAACGCAUUGUCUUGUAGAUAUGGUGGUGGUCUUAACUUGGUCAGUAAUAACGUCAGAUUGCCUUUGCAGCUGUGUGAGUAGAGGAUACUAUGCAGUGUGUUGAGCGCCGUAUCGUUGAAGACCGCGCCCUCAUUUGUGUGUGUGUGUGUGUGUGUGUGUGUGUGUGCGUGUUUUUCUCUGACUGAUGACCGUGUCCGCUUGUCCACGCUAGUUCUAAGUCCCAUAGCGUUAGGUAUUGUGUAUGCUCUCUCCUACUUCACUCCAUCACAUCAUCACCUCACCACCAAGGUCCCUGCCUAAUUCGGGUCGUUCUCUCACUAACAAAUAGUCGUGGCCCAUAGUGGAGUUCGGCAGCCCUCUGGGAUAACCGGGCAGCCCUGUUCAGGGAUGCAUUGCCUGCCCCCGCGAGGGGGAGGGGGCUAGAAAAGGUGCCCUAAAGAUCGCUGCGAUCCACGCUGUCUGUAGGCUGGCCGUGACCGCAGACAAAAAACACACGGUCGAAACAGCCAAAACCGAAACAACAACAACAACAACAACAACAACAACAACAACAACAAUCACUCUCUUCCUCUUCCAGCCUAUUCUUCUUCUUCUUCUCCUACUCCUACUUUUCGCCGCCGCAGUCGCCAGACUGGCAGGGUGAGCCCGCUCACUCUGGCAGCCUGGAAUGUUCGUUCCCUUUUAGACAAUCCGAGGAGCAACCGACCGGAACGGAGGACGGCGCUAGUGGCGCGAGAACUGGCGCGUUACAAGGUGGACAUCGCCGCACUCAACGAGACCCGAUUCUCCGAACAAGGCCAACUGGAGGAGGUGGGUGCCGGUUACACCUUCUUCUGGAAUGGUCGACCCAGGGCAGAGCGACGAGACGCGGGUGUCGUGCUGGGUCCCCACGGUCUCCGCGGCUCCAACGACAACGGCCUGCUGCUCCUCCGCACCUGCGCAGAACACCGCCUCACCCUGACGAAUACCUUCUUCUGUCUGCCGGAGCGAGAGAAGGCCACCUGGAGGCAUCCUCGGUCGCGUCAGUGGCACCUGCUGGACUAUGUCCUCGUCCGGAGGCGAGAUCAGCGGGACGUGCUGGUGACGAAGGCGAUCGCGGGUGCUGACGGGUGGACCGACCAUCGCCUCGUCAUCUCGAAGAUGCGUAUUCGCCUACAGCCUCGCAGGAGACCACAAGGUAAGCGACCCCCAGGUAAGCUGAAUGUUGCUUUGUUGUCUUUGCCUGCUCACCGUCUCCAUUUCAGCAAUGAGCUAGCUCAACUGCUAGACAACCUUCCUAUCGCUGCCGCCGCCGACGACGCCGCCGCCGCCGCCUCCGCCGCUGCCGAGAACGCCUCCGUGGAGAACCGCUGGUGUCAACUGCGUGACACAGUCCAAUCGACGGCGCUCGCCGUCCUCGGUCGCGCUCCCCGCCAACAUCAGGACUGGUUCGACGACAACGACGCUGCCCUCAGAAAUCUGCUUUCCGAGAAGAACCGCCUACACAAAGCCUACGUAGAUCACCCCACUGAGGACAACAAAGCUGCCUUCUACCGCAGUCGCCGACAGCUUCAGCAACGACUGCGCGAGAUGCAGGACGCCUGGACUGCUCGCAAAGCUGAGGAGAUCCAAGGCUACGCGGACCGCAACGAAUGGAAGAACUUCUUCUCCGCGAUCAAAGCUGUCUACGGUCCGCCGACGAAGAGCACUGCUCCUCUCCUCAGCGCCGACGGCAACACUCUCCUGACUGAGAAGACACAAAUCCUACAGCGAUGGGCCGAGCAUUUCCAGGGCGUCCUCAACCGCCCUUCCGUCAUCUCCGACGCCGCCAUCGCCCGCUUGCCGCAAGUGGAGACCAACGUGGAACUCGACCUCCCACCAUCUCUCCAGGAAACGAUCAGGGCCGUGCAGCAGCUCUCCAGCGGGAAAGCACCCGGAUCGGACGCAAUCCCUGCUGAGGUUUACAAGCACGGAGGUCCCCUACUGAUGGACCACCUGACUGCGCUCUUCCAGGAGAUGUGGCGUCAAGGUGAAGUCCCGCAAGAUUUCAAGGACGCAACUAUCGUGCACCUUUACAAGCGAAAAGGGAAUCGCCAAGUCUGCGACAACCACCGCGGCAUCUCCCUACUGAACAUCGCCGGGAAGAUCUUCGCUCGCAUCCUGCUCAACCGCCCCAACAACCAUCUGGAACAGGGCCUUCUGCCGGAAAGCCAAUGCGGCUUCCGUCUUCAUCGCGGGACCACGGAUAUGAUCUUCGCCGCCCGCCACCUUCAGGAGAAGUGCCAGGAGAUGCGGACCCACCUGUACUCUACCUUCGUGGACCUGACGAAAGCCUUCGACAUGGUGAAUCGUGAAGGACUGUGGAAGAUCAUGCAGUAA